CUGUGGCGCCGCUUCGGCUCUUCGGGUCGCGUACGCUCGGUGGGACCUCCUCUCUCGGGCCGGGAGCGGGCGGCUCGCAGGAUGCUGCUUGCCUGGGCGGUGCUGAAGGAGGGGACCUGGGACGUUUCUCGUCCUCUAGUCUCGGUCGCGCGUGGGGCCCCCUUCCCAGCCUUAGCUCGAGCUUGGCGGUCUCAUUCCCUUUCCGGGGAAGGGACUGUCUCUGUGUGUGGGCUCCUCACACUCCUUCCAUCCACUUCGCAGUUGGGGGCUGCGCGUUUCUCCGAGUCCGAGGCUUCUAGAGACCCGAGGGUGUGCGCGCUAGUGCUGCGUGUCGGAUUGGGGCCAGAGCAGCCCCGUGGUGUGGUAGAGGGCUGGUUAGAGUCCCGCGGGACUUGAGCAUUUGCUGCUCAGGGGAGGAGAAAGAGGAGGAGAGGACCAAGAAGAUGAAGAAGGAGCAGCUGGAGAGGAGGGUGGCAAACGGGAGCUGGAGGGGCCCUGAAACCAGAGGGCGUCGUCUUUCCGGAAGGAGGGAGUUCAGCUUGCCUCGCCUCUGUAGGGGAGAGGAGUGAAAGGGUAAUUCCUCUCCUGUAAUUACUUUUGGAUGGAAGUAUGCACUUUUCCCAAUAGAAGAUGGUAAUCUCGGAGAAUGACCAUGGAGAAGGGGAUGAGUUCUGGAGAAGGGGGGCCUUCCAGAUCAUCUCAAGUUUCGGCUAUUAAAAUAACAGCCAAAGAGCUGGAAACAAAGCCGUCUCAUAAAGAGAAGCCAGGAGGCUUUGUGUUGGUGCAUGCAGGUGCAGGUUAUCAUUCUGAAUCCAAAGCCAAGGAAUAUAAACAUGUAUGCAAACGAGCUUGUCAGAAGGCAAUUGAAAAGCUACAGGCUGGUGCUCUUGCAACAGAUGCAGUGACUGCAGCUCUGGUGGAACUGGAGGAUUCUCCUUUUACAAAUGCAGGAAUGGGAUCUAAUCUAAAUCUCUUGGGUGAAAUUGAGUGUGAUGCCAGCAUAAUGGAUGGAAAAUCCUUAAAUUUUGGAGCUGUUGGAGCACUUAGUGGAAUCAAGAACCCAGUCUCUGUUGCGAACAGACUCCUGUGUGAAGGGCAGAAGGGCAAGCUCUCGGCCGGCCGAAUUCCUCCCUGCUUUUUAGUUGGAGAAGGAGCCUACAGAUGGGCAGUAGAUCAUGGAAUACCCUCUUGCCCUCCUAACAUCAUGACCACAAGAUUCAGUUUAGCUGCAUUUAAAAGAAACAAGAGGAAACUAGAGCUGGCAGAAAGGGUGGAAACAGAUUUCAUUCAACUAAAGAAAAGAAGACAAUCAAGUGAAAAGGAGAAUGACUCAGGCACUUUGGACACAGUGGGUGCUGUGGUUGUGGACCACGAAGGGAAUGUUGCUGCUGCUGUCUCCAGUGGAGGCUUGGCCUUGAAACAUCCAGGGAGAGUUGGACAGGCUGCUCUUUAUGGAUGUGGCUGCUGGGCUGAAAAUACUGGAGCUCAUAAUCCCUAUUCCACAGCUGUGAGUACCUCAGGAUGUGGGGAGCAUCUUGUGCGCACCAUACUGGCUAGAGAAUGUUCACAUGCUUUACAAGCUGAAGAUGCUCACCAAGCUCUGUUGGAGACUAUGCAAAACAAGUUUAUCAGUUCACCUUUCCUGGCCAGUGAAGAUGGAGUGCUUGGAGGAGUCAUUGUUCUCCGAUCCUGCAGAUGUUCUGCAGAACCUGACUCCUCCCAAAAUAAGCAGACACUUCUAGUGGAAUUUCUGUGGAGCCACACGACGGAGAGCAUGUGUGUUGGUUAUAUGUCAGCCCAGGAUGGGAAAGCCAAGGCCUGCUCCCUGAGUCCAUUUACUCUGAAGCAUAAACCUUCAACGUUCUGCCAAGAAGCAAGGAAAGGGUUGUUGCAUUGAUGCACACAAUGGAAGAGGAGACUUGAUCGGCUCAAACACGCUAUGGGCAGACUUCCAGCAAAUGCCCUUUUUCACAAUGGGCUUACUCUCACCUUCCUUCUGGAAUUUUCAUUGCUUAUAAACACUGAACAACUCAGCAUUUCUUCAGGGUGAAGCAGCUCUGGCCUCCUGAGUCUGCAAGCAAUUGGCUUUCCCCUUUCUUCAUUCUGCCAAAGUAAUUACCAUUCCUUCAUCCAUUUCUCUCCUUCCAAAAAUUUGUUGAAAGCAUGUAUGGCAAAUUGUCUCUCAAUUCUCUUUGACCUUGUUGAUUAAUUUGUUUUUUAAAAUUCCUUGGCUUUCAUUUUAAUGAGAUUUGGGUAGGAAGAAGAGAUAGUCAUGGUCAAUUCCACUAUUUUUAACUAGAAGUUUCCUUUAGAAAUCUUAAUCUUUAUUGGCGUCUAAACCCCUGCACUUUACUCUUAGGUGAAUCCUUGCUGUUUACUAAGUGAAACAGUAAACAAUCUAGAGAAAUAGUAAAUUUCAGUCUAUUUCUCAUAGCCUAUGUAUACUUAUUUAAAUACAAUUCCAAUAAUCUCGGUUAUUUAGUUUUCUAGUUUUUGGUAGAUUAGAGGCAGAAUUUUAGUGGAAAGUUAGAUCCAAUGUGGCUAGAGUCAGAUAUCCUAAUAGUAUCAAGAAGAAUAGCUGGCAGACCAAAAGGUGAAAGAGAACUUAUAAUAACAAGUUCAAAGAACACAUAAUAUUGCAACAGUUUAUAUUGGUACAAACAGUCCAACACAUUUCAAAAUGCCUUGCUGCGUUACAGUGUAAUACUGAUGCCAGCCUCCUAUCACAAAACCUUCUACGGCUCCCCAGUGUCUGUAGAUAUAAGUUUAAUGUUCUCUCACUGGGCCAUCUGUUGCCAAACAUAUGGUCUGUGGUUCCAGUGAAACACCCUGCUCUAUUUCACACCUAUGAAUUCCCGUUUCAGAACUGUGAAUUUCUUAGCAUGGCACACCCUUUCUUGCCAUCACAAGCCGUCCUUCAAGACCCAUUUGAAUUCCCAUGAUGUUCUCUCUCUCCCUUCUCUUCUGUGUCCCCAUGGUACUCCUUUAGAUUUAUAUAAUAGCACUUGUCAUGUUUUGUGAGGAAUUUUGAACUUACAUGUCUGCCUUACCUCUCCAAUCAGAUCAUAAACACCAGAUAGCAGGGGCCAUUGUAAUGAACCAAAUGUGUUCCCCUAAAACUCAUUUGUUGAAACUCUAAUCCCAAUGUAAUGAUAUUUGGAGGUGGGGCCUUUGGCAGGUAAUUAGGUCACGAGAGUGGAACCCUCAUGAAUGGGAUUAGUGCCCUCAUAAGAAGAGGCCAGAGAGCUAGCUAGCCCUCUUUCCACCAUGUGAAGAUACAAGAAAUUGGCAGUCUGCAAAUCAGGAAGAGGGCCCUCAUCAAGAACCCAACCAUGCUGGCACCCUGAUCUCAGACUUCCAGCCUCCAGAACUGUGAGAAAUAAAUUUCUGAUGUUUGUAAGUCACCCAGACUAUGGUAUAUUUGUUAUAGCAGCCCAAACUGACUAAGACAGCCAUUACUCUUGGCAUAAUGCCUUGCCUGUAAAUGCUCCUGAAUAAAUGUUUGUUGAAUCCAAUUGAAAGCAUGAUAAC